CCCCCGUAGGAGCGUGCGGAAAGCCAAUAACCAAAGCUUCGAUCCAGCCCCACUGUAACUUUCCCUUGACUUGAAAGAGGAGCCCCAAAGAGCAGGGAGGUGUUUGACUGCCGAGAUCCAGGCUUUAUCCCUGCAGGGAUCCGAGGCAGUGGCGUGCACACGGGGAAAGGUGUCUAACUAGGAAACCUGACUGGUUUCUUUCCCAUGUUUUAUCCAGAUUUUCGAAGAUGGUCGCCUGAGCCAUUUUAUAGACGGGAAAGGAGCCUCGGGAAACUGGAUGUCCUUAGUGAACUGCGCCAGGUUCCCAGAGGAGCAGAACUUGACAGCUAUUCAGUGCCAAGGCCAGAUAUUUUACGAAAGCUGCAAAGAAAUCUUGCCCAACCAGGAGCUGCUGGUGUGGUACGGAGACUGUUACCUGCAGUUCCUGGGCAUCCCCAUCAGUUUGAAAGGGGUGACUGAGGGAAAGUCAUCCCAGCAGCAACCGGAAGAGUCUGGCGAGAGUUACAAAUGCGAGAGAUGCGGCAAGGUAUUUGCCUACAAAUACUACAGAGACAAACAUCUGAAAUACACUCGCUGUGUAGAUCAAGGAGACAGAAAAUUCCCCUGUCAUCUUUGCAACCGGUCGUUUGAAAAGCGAGAUAGACUGCGGAUCCACAUUCUUCACGUGCAUGAGAAACACAGACCUCACAAGUGUUCAGUAUGUGGGAAGAGCUUUUCUCAGUCCUCCAGCCUGAAUAAACACAUGAGGGUGCACUCCGGAGAGCGGCCUUACAAAUGCGUGUACUGUAACAAGGCAUUCACAGCUUCCAGCAUCCUGCGCACUCACAUUCGCCAGCACUCGGGAGAGAAGCCCUUCAAGUGCAGACACUGCGGCAAAGCCUUUGCCUCCCACGCGGCCCACGACAGCCAUGUGCAGCGCACCCACAGGAAGGACAAAGGCUGCACUUGCACCGUGUGUGGCAAGAGCUUCCUGCAGCAGGAGGAAUUCCGAUUCCACAUGAAGUUCCACGCUGCUCUUUAGCCAGCAGCCAUUAGUUGGGCUGUAGACAUGUGGGCGUGUUUCAGAAAAUGAAGUUCAUCCUGCUGCCAGAGAAGAACCCAGAUGUCUCUGUGGACUGUCCAGAAUCAUGUACAGAAACCCCUCUGGCUGUGUUGUCACCAAGUAUGUUUGCUAAAACCUGGGUAGCCCAUGUUUGUCUCUGGGGCUCAUCCCCAGGUGUGAAGCUCAUUAGCUGGUUAUUAUUUUAUGAAAUGCGUAGUUCAGGCCAUUCGGACGCAUGUUUAAGGCACAAGUCUCUUAUUGUGACUGAAAGCGAGUUGGCCCUCGUGUGUGUUGCCUGUGCAAGUGGGACGCGUGUUUCUAGGCAUUUGGUGGUGUAUUAGGUGAGAAAAACAUUAAGGACAUUCUCUUGGUCAUGGUGGGCAAUAAGGACACGUCUACACACCCGGGCUGAAGUCGAAAUAAGCUAUGCAACUUGAGCAAUGUCAAUUGCAUAGAUUGAGUCAAAAUAGCUUA